AUGGGUAAUGAACGUAAUAAUCAAAAUUAUAAUGAUAAUGAUGAAAAAUCAAGAUUAGUACAAAAUGAAUUUAAUAACGAUUUUCUUAUAAAUUCAAAUUCAAGGGUAGACAACAAUAAUAGUAAUAUUUAUUAUACAAAUAAAAAUGAUAAAUAUGAUCAAAAUGAUAAAUAUGAUCAAACUGAUAAAUAUGAUAAUGAAAUUAUUUUUGGAUCAAAUAUUAGAAAUAUCCAAAAUGGUAAUUUAAAAACAUUUAAUUUAAAUGAUAUAAAUAAAGAAUCAAGUAAUAACAGUCGAAAUAAAAAUUCAAACUUUACUUUAAAUAAUUCAAAUAAAAAUCUCCCUUCUCAUUUCCUCAAUUUUUCUGAGGAUAUUAUAACUGACAAUAUCAAUAAAAACGAAAGAAAAAAUGGAAUCCAAAAUGAAAGCCAAAACGAAAGCCAGAAUAACGCUACAACCAUUUUAGACGCACAAAAUAACCCUCCUUUUUUAUUAAAUGAAAUUCAUAAGAAUUCAAAUUUUUAUCAAACGGAAGGUUUCGAAAAAGAACACAAUUUUUUUUCUGAAAAACAAAAUAAUACCCAAACAAAUAUAAUGGGAAAAAUGAAUAUAAUAAAUCUAAGUGACAAAACAAGUGAAGAUAAUUUUGAUGAAAAUAAUGAAAACACACCUUUUGGUUUUUUUCCUUUAUUUAAAAAGUUAAAUAAUAUAAGAACUAAAUUGUUACGUUUUUAUGAUAUAGAUAACGAUAUAAUUAUAUAUCGAUGUAUGUGUGCAUUAUUUCCAUAUUGUGAUGUAGACAAAAAAUCUUAUUUUAUUAAUAAUUUUGAUGAUAUUGAACAAGGCCAUAUCAACUCAAAAAUACAAAAUGAUUGUAAAACUACAGAAUAUUCCACAGAUAUAAAUAAUUAUACAUCAAAUAUUUCAGACAAUGAAAAUUAUGAUGAAAAUGAAAAUAUCAGAAAUGUAACAUGUAUUAAUGAUGAUGCUUUUGAUUAUUAUGAUAAUAAAUUAAACAUUAUACAAAAUCCAGACUUAUAUGGAUUUAUAUGGUUAAAUAUAUUUAUUUCUUUUAUAUAUUUUUUUAUUUUUAAUUUAAAUAAUACUAUAUUUAAUACCACAAUAAAUAUUAACAAUGAUUAUAUAAAUAGCUAUAUUUAUCAAAAUAAAUUAAAUGUUUUAUAUAAUACAUUAUUUUUUAUUUAUUUGUUUAAUAUAUUACUUCCUAUUUUUAUUUUACUAGCUAAUUAUUUUAUUACAAAAAAAAAAUUCGCUAUUAAAUUAUUAUCUUUAAUUUCUUUAGCUAGCUAUAAUAAUAUUAUUUUAUUGCCUUUAAUUCUUAUUUAUAAAUUUACAAUUAUAGACACAACUAUUCUUAUUAUACAAUAUAUAUCAUCAUUUAUACGUUUAUUACUUUUUAUUUUUUAUGUUGCUACAUCAUUAAUGUAUAUAUAUAAAUUUACUAUAAAAAUAUAUCGUAACAAUUUUUCAAAUGAAAUUAUUUAUUUUAAUUAUUUCAUUUUUACUAUUUCUUAUAUCUCUUUAUAUUUUAUCCUCAAAUCUUAUGUAUUUAAUUAUUUAUAA